AGCACGCCCCUCCUCUUCCGAUCUUCCCUCCCCUGCCGGACCUUCGUCGGCCGGCGCGUCUCCAGGUUCCAGGCUUUGCAGCUCCGCGUCGGCCUCGCCCAUGGAGCUCGCGGUGAGAGCCGCAGCGGCUUCCUGCUCCUCCUCCUCCCACGCGUCCCCUGCCGCCUUGGCCGCAGCCCAGGCCUGCCGCCGCCGGCUCGCCGUGUGGCCGUCGCACUCGACCCGAAGAUCAAAACCGAGCAGAAUGAUGCUUCAAAAAAUCAAAAAGCGACAUGUUUGGAUGCCCUGUUUGCUAUGAACCACUGAUAAGGAAAGGGCCGUCAGGCAUGAAUCUGCCAGCGAUUUAUAUGUCAGGAUUUAAAUGUUCAAAAUGCAACAAGUCAUUCACCAGCAAAGAUAUCUUCUUGGAUCUCACUGUCACCUCAGGCAUGAAAGAAUACAGUGAACUGAAGCCUGCUAGGACUGAGCUGUUCAGGAGCCCGCUCGUCUUCUUUCUUUACGAGAGGGGGUGGCGUCAGAACUUCAAUCGGAGUGGCUUCCCUGGCCACGAUGAAGAGUUUGCAAGCUCUGGGGCAUACUCAUCUGUGAUUGCUUUGGACUUUUCUGAGAAUAUCCUCCGCCAAUGCUAUGACUACAUCAAACAAGAAGAAAACCGUAUGAACAAGAACCUCGCUCUCGUAAGGGCUGAUAUUUCGAGCUCCCUUUUGCUUCAUGUUCAAUUGAUGCCAUUCAUGCUGGAGUUGCUAUCCACUGCUGGCCAUCCCCUUCAAAUGCAAAAUGCAGGCCAGCUCCAUUUUUAUCGAAAUGAAACCAAGCAUCCAACUAGUCAUGCAUUGUGUCUAGCAUUAAUAUGUGAGCUGAUCGAUCAACACAGUAAAUAUAUAUACCUGGCUUGGGAGAGGAUCAGCGAAGAUGGGUGCCCAAAUGUCUACUUGUUCCAUUGUGUCAGUGAGAAGCUACCACACUUGCCCAAUGUAGGAAACUGAAAAUCAUGGCAGAAGUCAAUGUGCUUAUUUAAUAGUCCCUCCAUUCACAAAUUGAUGAUGUUUUGGAUAUUUCAAUAUGGACUACGUACGGACUGAAAUGAGUUAACAAACAUACUAAAACAUGUUUAUAUAAAAAAUCUGAUUCAGAAAAAAGUUAGAACAUGCAUCUUGUAUUUUCUUUCUUUACUUUUGAGAAUGAACAUCUUGAAUUUGUGAACGGAGGUAGCACUACAUACUGUAAAUUACUUGUUCCAUCCAGUAAUACAUACUGUACAUGGAUGGUAA